AUGGAGGGGAUCGGUGAUAGAGGUGGCGUCGGGGAUGGAAUGGAGAGAGCUGGCGUGCGCUUGCGGGUGCACUGCGGGCGGAGCGAAUGCGUCCGGGGCGUCAUCCUCGCCCUCGUGCGCAGGCUCGCAGAGGCCGGCGAAGCGCGCGACCUCGAGGCGCGGGAGGCUCGCGACGAGGGCCUCCGCGUGCUCGACGCGGCGGAGGGCGGGGGCGCACGCGGCGAGGCAGGCGAGGAGGGAGCGCGGGACGGGGAAGUAGUCUGCGGAGAGCGGGACGAAGUGGAGCAGGGUGCGGCGCGGGGCGAAGCGGACGGGGACGACGAGGGACGCGACGAGGACCUCGAGGUUGGGGCACGCGGGGAGGAGGCCGAAGAGGGUGUGCCUGCCCACGUGCCAGCCGUCGCCGGCGUAGGGGUGCGCGCCGAGGUCGAGGUCGAUGCGGCGGACCCACCAGCCGCGGGCGGGUGCGCCGGGUGCGGGGGCUGUGCGGAGGCGGGCAAGGAGCGGGGCGAUGUGGGCGUAGUCGCGGAGAAGGAGGACGUCGUGGAGGAACUCGUCUGCGAGGGCGUGGAGCUGGCGCGAGGUGAGGGAGAGGGCGCGCUUGGUGGCGAGGGAGGCGGCGAGGGCGGCGUAGAGGGCGCCGCGGUGCUCGUGGAGGAUGUGCUGGGUGGAGGUGUCGAAGGCGUCGGGGACGAGGGUGGCGUCGCGGAGGAUGUGGCGCAGGAUUUCGGGGGGCAGGAGUGCGAGCAUGAUGAGAGAGAGAGGUGGCUGCUGUGGGAUGGGACACGCUGCUUAAGAGUGCGCCUGCGGGUGCGGGGUCGGCUACUGUCGGCUUUCCCGGCUCUUCUCUCAGAGGAUCGUCCUUCGGCCCGGCGCUCCCUGCCAGUUGCAGCUCAGUUGCCCUGUCCCACAGCGCCGGAGAGUGCCGGACACGUAAACACAGUAAAUUUAGAUGAUCAUUUCUUACGGCUACUGGAGGGAUACACCUAUUGGCACGAGCGGUUUCUUGCACGAGCGGGCCUGACUGGCCUCAACGCCCGGAUCUCAAUGCGGCGUCCCUCCAUUCAUAUCUAUCAGCCCUCAGGCUCACCGAAACACGCUCGAAGCACGCAGCCUGACGCCGUCCGACGCCUAUCGGGCCCAUCCACAGCUCAUCUGGCGGAUCCCGCCGAGACGUGUAGGACCGCACGCAGCGGGAAGCGCGAUCCUCGCCUUUCCCACAGCAGGCGCCGCACCCUUCGAGCCACGCCACGCCCACCCGUAGCGGGCAGGCUGCGCCUCGGAGAAGGCAGAGCGGCGCCCACGAUACACAUUCCCCGUCGUCCGACACGCUUCGCGCGUCCCCACGCCCCUCGCGGGAACCUGAUGGGGGCGGCCGAUGGCGCACACGAGGUCCUCGCGUCUUCCUGCGCAGCCGACGCCGCGUCGUGCCCGGAGAGCCAGCCGCACUUCUGCGACCCACGGCCCACGGCGCACGGCGCGCGCGACCCGGCGGGGAACGGCGGCGUGGACGCCAACACGCAAACGAGGCGGGUGCUCGCCGCUCAGAGCGCUCGGAUCUCGCGAUGCCGCGACAUGCAGCUUGGCCGCGCAAGGAAACUCGUGAUCGAUGACGUGGGCCGCAUCCACGAUCACGGUCCUCUCCUAGAGCUCAUACUUGUUGGAGUCGACGGCCACGCGGCUGGGAUCAUCGUCUCUGCACAGCUCUCCAGGUCUCCAGACAGAGGCGCGAUGCUCUCCCACGAACCCCCCUUUUCGCAAGCAGCGCCAAUCAGCGCAUAUGCACUUUUCGGGGUUCUGGUGAAUGCGAUCGAAUAUUCUCUCGGGGCUGUCGCUCCACCUUGA